UUCGUAUCAAUAUUUAAGUUGAUAAAAUAAAACAGUAAAAUACUACCUGUACCUAACUGGAAUUUUAUUCUGUGCUGACUGCUGGAAUCUAAAUAGGUGAAUCAUUUUUGAUAGUUGUUAAUUGUUAUUACUUAUUAUUGUAAUAGUUGUCAAUUUUGUUAUUAAUUAAAAAAUUAAAAUUCACCCACCUACUUAAACAGCUAAACCAAACCUUUUGGAGUAUUAUUUUUGCCAGUUCGUGUGCGUAUUAAUAUUGACUGUGAAAUAAAUAGUAUUUUUUUACAUAUUUCUACCUGCCUAUUAUUUAAAAUCGUGUGCGAUUGCCAAUGGUUCAUGAUUGAGUGAGUUUGACACCUAAUAUUUACGAUUUUGAAGAACGAAACUUUGAGUGCCGAAUUGAGUAUUAUUCAAAAUGUCCAUCGAUAACACAAAUUUAGAAGAGAUGGUUGAGAAAACACUGGAGUCCACUGGUGUUUUGUCUAAAAUGAGAGCCGAACUUCGAGCAAAUGUUUUUCAUGUUCUUGAAAAAGGUUCAUCAUUUCAGAAUAAACUGUAUACAGACAAAAUUAAAGACUUUGUUUCUAAUAAUAAUGGAUUAUUGUUGUUAUCUUUAGUUAAAGAUUUGUUUGAGUAUUUAGAACUAACGUUUACAUCAUCUGUAUUUGAUUCUGAAACUGGCGCUGCACAUCAAUAUGAAUACAAAGAUAAAGAUGAUAUUUUUGAAGAACUUUCACUCUCAAAGGAUGAUAAAAGACCUUUAUUGUUACAAAUUCUUGAAACUCACCAGUCACAAUAUAAAUCAACAGAUGAUGUCAUUGAGCAUAAUACAACACAGCAUAAUGGUGAAAAACACGAGGGAUCUUCACUAGCUCAAAUAUUAAAAAAUAAUGCAGAAACAAUAAAACCAACACUUGAUAAUAAUAAAUCACCAAGCGUUUCGCCAGUUAAAACAAAAUUAUUUGAAGAAAAUACACAUUAUGACAGUCAUGCACAUUCAGGUUCAUUGUCAUCAUCAAAUCUUAAUUUAUCAGAUAAUAUACAGUUUAAAGAUAUCGAAAGCUCUGAGAGUCUUAAUAGCUUAAGCAUAGAACAAUUAUCACCAAUUAAAAAACCACCUACUAUUGAUCAAAAUGAAAACUCAGAUGAAGAUAUUAAGUCUGAUUUAAAAAGUAUUAAAAAUGAAUCUAGUUUGGAAGAUAUUGAAACUGAUGAAAAUGUUUCAUGUGGAAAUGACAGCCUACUGAGCACUGAUUUAUCUACUCAAAAUGGCAGCCCAGAAAAGAUAAGAACACAUAACAUACAUCUUUGAAUACUUCUUUGCAAAAUAACAAGAUUUUAGACUUCUGAUGUUUAUUUUUUACUUUUAUACAAUCAAAUUAUUUGUAGUAUUUAAAAAUUAAUUACAAAUGUAAAUAAACAAUUAUCAGUACGAAUGACAGAAAACUAAAGCUAGAAGUAACACUCAUUUUAUA